GCAUCUUUCCAGAUAGAGCUAAAAUAUUUCUGGUUCUAGUUUGGCUGAAAGUAAAAAAAUAUCAACUUCUUCAAUCAUGAAGUGUGCGAUCUUCUUAUUGCUUCUUUGUGUCUUCGGAAUGGCGGCAAGCAUAAAGAGUGGCAAGGGCGUAGGAUGUAGCGACAGUUGCGCAGGAGGCAUUGUCGGUGGCGGAGGAGGCGGUGGCGGCGGCGGCGGCGGCGGAGGUUUUGGAGGCGGAGGGGGCAAGGGCACCGGCGGAAAAGGCCCUGGCAGAUAAACUGGUGGCCGUAGUCAACUUUUCCAUUGCAGUGAAUGAAUCGGCACCUUCUUCGUGAAACCUUUCAUUGCUUGAAUCAAUUCAAACUGUUGAGCCACAAUGGGACAACGAAAAAUGAAUUUACAACUUUUCUUCCUCACUGAACCUUUUAUUAUCCUGAUUGUUACUUAUUUUAUUGGUAACUAAUUAUAUCAAUAAUAAUUAAUCAUAAUGUAAAGAAUACUUGUUAAUCAUGGGUUUUCUGUCUGU